AUGACUUUUCCAGGCCCCAGUAAUAUACCUAAUAAACAUUCCAAAGAAUUACUAGGUCGCCUGGUUCCAAAACAAGCAAUACAUAAUCAUCCAGUGACGUUUAAUUCAACUCUCAGCAAAAAUCAUCCACAAUUGAAAUCUCCACUAAUUCAAUUGCGACAAAAAGUAUUACCGCCACUACAAGUUACUGCAGAUCAACCAAUACCAAUCGAAUCAGAGCCGCAAAAAAUACCUUAUACGAAAGAUCCAAUCGAAUACAUCCAAAGGGCUAAAGCUGGAACAGAUACAAGAGAAUAUGUAUACUUAGAACCAGCAAAUAUCAUCGAAGACUCGGAGCAUCCAACAUGUUUACGCAUUAUUCCGGCUUCACAAAUGAAAGAUUCGAAUUUCUGGACAUUAAGCUUGAAAGGACUUACUCACUUUAAUCGCCCUGUUGUAGAUUUCAUACCUUUGGAGCAAUGGUUACGUGAAAAUGAUCUAUUUUCUCGAAUAAUGACAAUUCCAUUCUUUAAAUACCAAAGACAAUGGCGUCAUUUCAAGACAUGGCAUCGAAACAUUCUUAAGAAGAAGCAAAGCAAUGCACAGCUUGGCUUAACAACAAAUUUAUUCUUCGCAAACCCAACAUUACGUCCUGCAUUCAUCAAAAUACAGCAAGAGUUAGGAAACUUACGUAAACUCAAGAUUAUUACUAUCAAUCCGAAGAAAACAUACACAUUGGGCGCAUUUGUCGAAGAAAAUGCCCGAAAUCACAAAGAACUUAAAGAAAAUCUCGAUCAAUUCUUCAACAACAUCGUUGGAAUUAUGGCAACAGCUUGCGAAAAGUCAAUGGAUACAGGAUCUCAUGAUCGCGACAAAGACCAAGAGAGCCAAUCACCAUUAAACCAAUUAAUUGCUCAAUACGAGAAGCAACAAAAGAAUAUCGACUCGAAAUCAACAUACGAUGUAGCUACAAGCAACAAAUAUACAAACAAAGCUGUCCAUAACGCUUUAUGUCAAAUGGUUGUAAGAUUUGUCCGAAUGAUCGAUUAUUUGAUCGUUAAUAACCUUCGAGAAAUAUGUAAUUCGUCAUUACUCGAGCUAUUUACUGUAUUAUCCUACAGAUUUCAAGCUGGUUCCGAGUUAUUAGGAUAUGAUAAUUCAGAUUUCAAAGAUUUGGACAUUCCUUUUGAAUGGAAGAACAUUUAUGAGAAUAUGAAAGCAACUGCGCAAUCAACAUUCUCAAAACCCGUAUUAUCCGUUGAAGGAAUUUACGAAAAAGGUUUUGUUUGGCAACCAACAUUUGAUGAAGUGAUAAAUCAGAUCUCCAGUAUCAGAACAGGUGUUGUAAAGCUUCUUUGUUCCAUUCCACGCAUGAUCCACAAUCCUGUCUUCAAACAAUACAUUUCCAGUGCGAUAGAAUUAGGUCCAACGCAACAAAAGAAGUUGUCAACACCUGAUGUCAACCAUAUCUUGCCAAAUGAUCCAUUGUAUAAGAUGGUCAUUGAACAUAUCAAAGUUUUGAUACAGAAUACAUUCAAACUCUUGGAUUUCUUCAAAAAGAAUUUCAAUCAGGCCAUUCAAAUUUAUGAAAAGAACCUUAAAUUUGAUGUCAGUUUUCUUGACAAAGAAACUGUCAAUGCCAGUGAAAUUCGGUCUGCAAUCAAAGAGCUGAAAGACCAAGAAGACUUUAUCAGUAAGAUAGAAGAAGUUUAUGACACAGGAUUGUAUGAAUGCAACAUUUCCGGAAUGAAAGAACUCUUCAUGAAAUCACCAAGUAAAUGUCUGAACGAAAUACAAAGAGCUCUUAAGACAAUUUCCCAUAAAUUCUUGGUGAAAUACAAUGAAAGAGUAAGAGAAGCUUAUCACGAGUUAUCCCUUCAAACAGAUAAUGUUGGACAAUUCGUUGGCUACUUGAAUGCUGUGAAAAAGAAUCAAGAAACUGUCAGAGAAUUAUAUAAUUUGUCCGAUGCAAUACGUGAUAUGCAUUUGUUGGCAAAUGAAAAUGGCGGACAAAUUCCACAGGAUGAAAUCAAUAUGUUCAGUGAGUUGACACCUAUAUUCGAUUCAGUUAAGAGAUCAUUGAGUUAUGCUGAUGACAACAGACAAAUUUUGCAGCCAAGAUUCCAAUCAAUGCUCGACAAAUCUUGCGCUGCUUUGCAUGCAAGAGUUAUCGAAGUUGUUUUGUUAUCUAAUAAUGAAAAACUCUCCAAUUUACAAACAACUCCUGAUGAAGCUCUUGAUAUCCUUAAAUCAAUUGUUGAACAAACAGAAGAGAUUUACAAAUCUUCUCAAGAAUACAAUCAAUAUCAAUCAGCAAUGAUGAUUCCUUUAACAGAUUUCGAUGACGUGAUGCAUCUUUUUGUCAAUGUCAAUCUCAAGAAAUUGUUAUGGGACACGAAAAAGGAAUGGUCGCAGAAAACAGAAGAAUGGUGCAACACAAGUUUCCAAAGUGUCGAUCCGGAUAAAAUGGUACUUGAAAUACAAGAUUUUGUUACAAAAGCAAGUACUGUUUCUCAAGGAUUACCUGAAAAUAAUGUUGCACAAGACCUUAAGAAGAAGGUUGACUACUUCGCAGCAAUGGUUCCAAUCAUUUCUGACCUUAAGAAUCCUGCUCUCAAGCAAUCACAUACUGAACAAAUCGAGAAAUUGCUUGGAGACACAUUCUUCAAUGAUCCACAGUUCGUGUUCGGAAAACUUGUCGAUCUCAAGGCAUAUUUGUAUGUUGACAAGAUAAGAACAAUCUCCGAACAAGCAACAAACGAACAAGCAUUGUUAGAUCAAUUGAACAACAUGAAGAACGCGAUCGAACAGUUGCAAUUCACGCCUGUACCUCUCAAGAACCACAAAAACGCUUAUUAUCUCGAAGGAAUUGAACAAAUCCAGAACGCUAUUGAUGAUUCUAAGUCAAUCUUGAACUCAAUCAGGGCUUCUAAGUUUGUUGCUCAGCACAGAGCGAGAGCUGAAGAAUGGAUUAAGUAUAUUAAUACAUUCGAAUCAGCAAUUUCAACUGUUGAUAAUUGUCAGAAGAAUUUUGUUUUCAUUUCUGAAAUUUUCCAAAAUUCGGAACUCGCGAGACAAUUAUCAGCCGAAUCAAGAGAUUUAUCAGCUGUUGAGAAGUCAUGGAAGUCAUUCUCACAAAGAGCAAGUGAUGAUCCAUUGGCGUUCAAGUUAUGUAACACAGGAAACAUAAUUAAUGAUUUAGUUUUGGCAAAUCAAUCAUUGGAUCAAAUUUAUAAGUCCAUUGAAUCAUUUUUAGAACAGAAACGACAAACAUUCCCAAGAUUGUAUUUGUUAUCGAAUACAGAGCUUAUUAAUCUCAUUUCUAAGAUGAAAGAUCAUCAAGCACUUAUUCCUUAUCUUCCUAAAUUAUUCACAGGAAUUCAAACAGUUGAAUUCAUCAUGGAAAGUCAUAUUCCGUCUAUUGCUUUCGCAUUAAAUGAUUUAGGAGAAAGAAUCUCAUUAAGACCAGUUAAAUUCCACACUAACAUUGAGAAUUGGCUGUUAGGAUUGUGCGAAGCAAUGCAAAGAACUGUGAAAACAGAUAUAAGAAAUGCACAACAAAAACAUCAUGACAUGAUAAGAGAAGAUUGGGUACAAGUAUGUACAAUACAAUGUGCAUUAGUUGCAACACAUUUGGAGAGAACAAGAACAAUAGAAGAAGCAUUGAGUUCUCAAAAUCCAAACCAGAGUUUGAUCGAAGUUUUGAAUGGAAUCAAACAAGACAUUCAAAAUAUGACGAAAUUCACUCAUUUGGAUUUGCAUCCUGUUGAAAAGAAUAAGAUCGAAUCAUUGAUGUUGAAUGAUAUCUUUUACAUGGAUUUAGUACAAGAUCUGAUUGAUAAACAGAUUACUUCUGUUUCUGAUCCAUUCUGGACACAACAAUUAACAUACAGACGGGAUGAAAACUCCAAAGAUUUGAUUGUUACUCAGAAUUUCGAAAAUUUCGAAUAUGGUUAUGAAUAUAUUGGAAAAUCAACAAAAUUCAUAACAACACCUUUAGUUUUCGAAAGCUUCACUUCAUUGUUUAACAUCAUAAAAGGUGGAUAUCACGCAGCAAUCAUCGGACAAUCGAAUACAGGUAAAACAAAUAUGUUCCUCGCAAUGGCAGAAAUGUUGGGUUGUUUCGCAGCUGUUAGACCAUGCGAAAGAGACAUAACAACACAACAAAUCAUGUCAUAUAUCAAAGGAGCAGCAACAGGAGGAUACUGGCUUUGUUUGGAAGGUUUCAGUGAUUUGGAUAGAGAUGUGAUUUCAGCAGUAAGUGAACAAUAUCAAAGUAUUUCUAUCGCAAAAAUCGAACAACAAAAGAAAUACGAAUCAGAUGGAACUGAUAUCCAAUUCAACCAGAAUUGCGGCCUCUUUAUUACAUGCAAUGAUUCUAAGACAUAUUACGAAAAACUCCCAGAAAAUCUCAAAGAAACUCUUAGACCAGUAAAUAUUUAUGAGCCUGAUGUUACAUCAAUUUCUGAGAAUUUGCUUUACGUAUUUGGAUUCGCAAACACAAGUAGUUUGGCUGAUUCCAUCAAUGGAUUCUUCAAACAUGCUUCUGCUAUUGUUUCUGAACAAUCAAGACCUUUGUUCACAUUAAGAAACAUCAUUAAUUGCAUCAUAGAAAGUAAGAAAGUUGCAAGUCAAAUGGUAUCAAAUGAAACAACUUAUGUUGCUAAAGCAAUUGCAAACAUAAUGAUGCCCUUGUUACCUAACUAUGACCAGCAACUAAUAUUACCUUUGAUCAAUGACGAAUUCGGAUUUCUUCCUGAAAUUUUGGAAGCACAAGAUGAAAUUUCCAUUCAUCUUGAUACAGCGUUUGUCAAAGCACAGUUGAAGAUGAAUGAUUAUCAAAUACAAAAAGUUGUUCAGCUUCAACUUUGCUCUCUUAACAAGAAAGGAAUCAUAAUAGUAGGAGAUCCAAGAAGUGGAAAAUCUUCUAUUAUUAAAUUAUUAGAAGAAGCAAGAACAAUUAUCAGUGAAACAAAUGAAGCAUAUUUACAGAUUGAAAAAACAAUGAUUUCACCAGGAAAAUUCACUCAAAAAGAAUUGUUCGGAUGCAUUGAUGAAGAAGGAAAAUGGUUUGAUGGUGUGAUUGGCACAGUUUUGAACCAAGUUCCUAUAUUAAACAACAAAGAGCAAUGGGUUGUUUUCGAAGGAGAUUUGGAUCAAAGUUGGACAGAUCAAAUUUGCACGGCAUUUGAUUUCAACCACAAAAUUUCAUUCGGAAGUUCUUCAACAUAUAUCGUCCCGAAUACAAUGAGAUUUGUGUUUGAAACAAAUGAUCUUUCUAAGGCAUCUCCUGCUCUAUUAAGUCGUUGUUCCAUUGUCAAUGUUUCCGCAAAAGAAUUCGGAACAAAUAGCUUCGUAAAUGCAGCUUUGGAAGAAAGAGUUUAUCCACUUUUCAACGAUAAAAAGAAGUUGAUACAAAGAAUUGAUGAAUGUGUCAAAGCAACAAUUAAUCCAGGUGUUGACUUCAUUAACGAGUUAUGUGGCUUGUAUUCGCCAUUUAACAUGAUUGACACUUUCUUCUCUUUCUUCACAACUCUUCUUAAAGGAUUGGAAAUUCCUGAUUCACACGAAGGACAAACAAUCAUUUCUAGUUUGUUUGCUUAUUCUUUCUUGUGGAGUUAUGGCGGUUUCCUUUCAAAUUCGUUGAGAAUCCAAUUCGAAUCAUUUGUUAGAGAUUCUAUGAGUAAUUUAGCCGAUUUCCCUAACAGAGGAAUCUUGUUUGAUUACUCAGUAAACACAGCAAAUGGUACUUGGUCGAAUUGGCUUGAACAAGUCCCUCAUUUCGGAAUUAAUGACCAAAGUGAAGUGACCAUGACCAUGGAAGAUAUCAGAAGCAACAAUUGUUUCGUACAAACAACAGAAACAGUCAGAAUAUCAACCAUUAUGAAACACAUGCUCAGUGCUCACAGACAUGUGAUUUUGACUGGAGAUCCUUGUUCAGGAAAGACAGAAUUAGUUAAAUAUUGUGUUUCUUCUUUAGAAAACGAAGGCGAAACAAACACAACAAUUACAUUUUCACCUUUAACAACAGGAAAAGAAGCAUCAACAAUGAUAGCUAAUUGUUUCGAAAGAAUCUCUGGAAAGUACUUGCAACCACAUGGAAGAACACAAUCAGUUAUUGUCAUUGAUAAAGCGAAUUCUCCAACAGCAACACAACCUUUGGAAAUUAUCAGAUCAAUAUUUAAUGGAACAGGUAUCAGAUUGUUACCAAAUUACAAACUUUAUCCAACAAAGAAUGUUUCUAUCAUUUGUAUCGCUGAUAACACUUCUCCUAUCAAGCAUUCUAUCUCAGCAAAUGUUUAUACAUUAAAUUAUACAAAACCUGACACGGCGGUUUUGACAACCAUUAUUUCAUCAAUUUACCAAGUUUAUUUCGCGAAAUUUGAUGAAUUUGUAAGAACAAAUAUUUCCAAAGUAUCAAAUGCGCUUUGUUUGUUCUAUGAAAGACUAGUCCAGAACAUUCCAAAGAAAGAUGGACAUCCGCAUUAUACUUUUUCACUUCAUGAUUUGUUUAGAAGCAUUUCUGGAGUGUUUUAUACUCAUCACAAAUCAUUAUCUAAUUCCGAUUCAUUUAUUAGAUUGAUUUAUAGUGAAAUCUUCAGGGUAUUUGGAGAUAGAAUCAUUGAUCAAGUUGAUAGAAAACAUUUCGAUGAAGCUGUUUUGUAUUCUAUCAAAUCUAAAAUUGGUGUUGAUAUGAAUUUAGACACAAUUAAUCAAACAUUCUUUUGUGAUCUAAAUAUUUCGAAUUCAGAUAAUCUGAAACAAAGUUACACCGAAUACAAAGAAGAAGAAAUCAUCGAAAAUCUUCAGAACAUUAUCAAUGAAUUCAACAACGCAAAGAGAAUGCAAAGCGAAACAAUUUUGCCUCUCAGAGCUUCAGGAAUUCAUUUGGCAAGAAUGAUUAAAGUUCUCAAGAGACCAUUUGGACAUAUGGUUCUUUAUGGCGGAGUCGGAACAGGAAAAACAACUGUUUCUAGAUUGGGAGUUUUCGUUGCAGGCGCUGAUACAAUUUACGCAACAUCUAACAACGAAACUGAUGAUAUAAAGAACAGUGUCAUCAAAGCAGGUGUCACAGGAAAGAAAGUCGUUUUAGUUGUCAGAGAAAAACAACUUAAAAACGAGAAGUUCUCAAAUAAUUUGUCAAUUUUGAUGGGAGGCGGAGAUCCAUUGAUGUUCUUGAGUUCAGAAGAAGUCGACAAAGGUUGUAAUGAACUUGUUUUCACGGCCAAACAAAUAGGAGAAAACGAGUCAAUUAUAACUUUAAGAAACAUGUAUAGAAGAAGAGUUUGGCAGUACUUACAUGUUAUGAUUUUGUUGGAUAAUUUGACACCGAAAUUAUUAGAGAAUUAUCCAUCAAUUUCACAAGCUUCUGUUUUCGAUUAUUACGAACCUUUGCCUGAUGAUUCUCUCAAGGCAAUUGCUUCCGCAUCAUUCGCUGAGAUGCCUGACCAAGAUAAGAUUGUUGAUGCCGCUGUUUUCGUGCAUCAUACAGCAAUGGACAUCGCUCAGAAAAUGUUGCAACGCGAAAACAAAAUUUACAUCAUUACUCCGUCACUUUUUGUCACAUUUUUGUCAACAUUUAUUCAUUUGGUUAAAAAGAGGACAGAUGAAAACAACAGCCAAUCCAAGAACUUGCAAGAAGGUGUUGAUAAACUUAAAUACAUUUCUGACUUCCUUCAGACAACAGAAGUUCAAUUGGUUGAUCAAAAACCAAGAUACGAAUCAAUGUGUCAAGAAGCCGAUCAAUUACUUCAUUACAUCAAUGAAAACGAAGUAACUUAUGAGAAAUUGGCACAGAGAUUGAGAUACGAAGAGAAGAAUGUUAAGAACAAACUGGAUGAAAUAGAGAAACUCAACAAUGAAAUGAAACAAGAAUAUUUGUCUGUUGAACCACAACUUGCAAACGCAAUUGCACAAUUAAAGGGUCUAAAUAGAGGAGAUAUCAUGGAUCUAAGAAGUUUCGGAGAACCUCCUUUAGUUGUUAAAACUGUUAUGGAAGUAAUUUGUAUUUUAGCUGAAGUAGAUGUCAGUUGGAAAUCCGCUGUCCAAUUAUUGAGUGAUUCGACAUUCAUCUCGAGAAUUUCAUCGAAAUACAGCGACCAAAGCCAUGUUCCACAAGAUAUUUUGGCUAAAAUCAAACCUUAUGUUGAAAGUAAUCCAAACUUCCAAGAAAGCGAAGUUGGAAGAGUUUCUGUAGCUGCUAAAUCUCUUUGUAUGUGGGCAACAUCAUUGUAUAACUAUGAAGUAACAUAUAAUAACUUGCAACCAAAGGAAAGACAAAUAAGAAACAAGCAAAACGCUGUUCAAAAUGAUCAAGAAGUUCUCGAGAAAAGAAGAAAUGACGUCAAGAAACUUUCAGAUACAAUUGAAGAACUAAAGAACAGAUGUGAUGCAGCAAACAAAGAGAAGAGAAAGUUGUCAGAAGGAAUAACAACAGCUAAAAACAGAAUGGCUCAUGCAAAGAGAAUUCUACAAAUUCUUUCUGAAGACAAUGCAACGUGGAAGAGAAAUAAGGACCAAAAUGAUGUUUUGGCACAAUCAAUUGUUGCUGAUUCUUUCGUUUGCGCAUCAUUCUUGGUUUAUUUAGGUCCAAUGACAUCCAAUUUCAGAGAUUCCGCUUACAACAUGAUUUUGAAUUAUUUGAAUGAACAUGGUUUCAAAUUGUCAGGUUUCUUUUCAUUUGUCAGAUCAAUGGUUUCGAGUUCUACUGUUCGCGACUGGAUUGCAUUCGGAUUGCCUGAUGACAGAGUGUGUAUCGAGUCAGCAACAAUCAUAAUGAACAGUGAAAGAACACCAUUUAUUUUGGAUUCAACGGGAAUUGCUUCCAAAUUCAUCCAAAAUUGUGAAAACCAGAGACAAAUCGCAGUUGUAAGGCCAACAACACAUAAUCUUAUGAGAACAAUAGAGAGCUCUAUAAGAUUAGGUGUUCCAAUACUCAUGGAAGAUGUUGAAUCCUCAUUCGACGCAAAUCUAGAGAACUUGACAACAAGAAGAACUUUCAAACAAGACAACAAAACAUAUGUAAAACUUGGAGAUAAAGCAGCAGAAUGCGAAGAAUCUUACAAGUUGUACAUGACAGUGCCUUUAGUAGAGAAUCCAUCUCCGCAAGCGUUUACUAAAACAACAGUUGUCGAAUUUGAAAUUUCUAAAGAAGCGUUUGCAAAACAAGAACUUUUGCACAUUGCUGACAUUGUUAAUCCAACAUUGUCAAAGGAUAUCAAGAAUGCAAGAGAAAAGAUCAUUUGCGAAGAGAAGAUAAUUAAACAGAUCAAUGACAAGAUCCUUGAAACAAUAAGAACAAUAGGAAAAGACCAAAUCUUAGAUGACGAGAUUUUGAUUACUACUUUAGAAGGUAACAAACAAACACUCUCUGAGAGUACAAAGACAUUGGGACAAACGCAAACAUUGUUUGAUAAAUUGGUCGAACAAAGAGGUCAGUAUUUACCAAUUGCAAACAGAGUUGCAUUGAUUAGUAAUGCUGCUUCUCAAUUGUACAGUCGCAAUGCUUCUUAUAGAUUCUCUAAUGCAUUUAUAAGACAUGUUGUUGACUCGACUUUGUCUGCAAGUGAUAAAAUUGAGGAUAUAAUUCCAAAAGUGACAUAUGCACUUUUCAUUUCGAUUUCAAGAGCGAUGAAAUACAACCAUCAAUUAGAGUUUGCUCUUUCUGUUGCCACAGAUUUGAGUAUCACUGAGAGAAGAUUGACACAAGAAGAACUGAAUGUAUUCCUCAAAAGGCCAAGCCCAGUUCCAACCAUCGAAAGUCCUCCUGUUAAAGAAAUGUCACAGAAAACAUGGGGAAGAAUUUUAGCUUUGGCAAACACUUUGCCAGCAUUGAAACACAUUGGAGAAACACUGAAGAUAUCUGCGCAUCAGUUAGAAGAUUGGUACAAGAGUCAUUCUGUUACAAUUCCUUCUUGUAUCUCAGAAGGAUUAACAGAAUUUCAAUGCUUACUUUUGCAAAGAGAAUUGAAUCAACAAAACUUCGAAAGUGUAAUGAGAAUUUACAUCGAACAUACAUUAGGAAAAGAAUACGCGAAACCAGUGAAAUUCGAUCUAGAAUCAGCAAUGAAAAUCGCCGGUCCUUUGACACCAAUCAUAAUUACAUUGCAUGGAAGAGUUACUCCAAGAAGAUACAUCCAGAAACUCAGUAAAGGACACAAUUUACAAGUCAGAUCACUUGGAAAUGGUCAGUUGCUUUCAGCAGAAAAAGCUCUAAAUUAUGCAAUGCAAAGAGGAGAUUGGUUGUUAUUAGAAAACUCUGAGUCAAUGCCUGAUUUCAUUGAGGAAGUUGAUAACGCAAUUGCCAAAGGAGGUGCACAUCAAAACUUCUUGUUGUUCAUCUCAGCGACUGAUGUUUCUUCUUUCCCUCUAAGAUUGUUGAAUUUGGCUGCAAAAGUUGCAUUGGAAAGUCCAAAUACAACAAAGGGAAUUAUCCAAAAUUGCUUGGAAAGCCUUCCUCAAGACUUCUUCCAAGGAGCUGCUUGCUGCAGACUUAGCCUUUCUUUGGCUUUGGCUCAUGCAACAAUUGCUCAAAGAACUAAUUAUGAAAAAGUGACAUUUGCAGAAAAUUGUAAUUUCUCUUUAGCUGAUUUCACAUUUGCUUCCAACAUAAUCAAACCAUAUCUACAAGAGCCAACAAGUUUCUCCAUCUCUUCCACUAAGAAUGCGUUUGAAUUAUGUUACGGAGGACAUUCGAGUUUCAAACAAGAUUCAAACACAAUCAGAGCGAUUUUCGAGAGAGUUAUGAGCACAGAAAACCUUGUUCCAGAGUCUCCAAUCCUCGGAAUAGAGACAUCAUACGCUCCCCCUAAAUCUUACGCUGAAUUGCUGGAUCUUCUUUCACAUACAUCUGAUGAAGAUUCACCAGAAAUCAUCGGAUUGCCAAAGAUUUCGAGAAAGAAGUCUCCUAUUGUAGUUUCAAGAGAAAUUCCAUUCUCAGAACGUGGAGUUUUCUUCUAUUCCUUGAUAAAGAAACUUCCAGAAUUAGACCAAAUAACUGUAUCAGAUCCACCUCGAACAGAUCCUCUUGGAGCUGUAUUCGAGCGCGAUGCACUUCGCGAACAAACUGCAAUUCAACUCGUUAGACAAUGUCCAUAUAAAACUCCUCUUUCUCUUUUGAAAGGAGAUUUACCAGAAGAAUGGACAUCUGUUUUGCCUUGGCCAGGACCACUUGAGAACUGGAUGGCGAGAUUGAAUUACGCGGCAGAGACAUACAACCAAUGGUCGAGAAUGGCAAGGCCAGCCGUUAUCGAUAUUUCUUCUUUGGCCGAUCCGAAAGCAUACAUUUCCGCUUUGAUUUUGAAGUUCUGCAGAAUGAAUUCUUCGAUGCCUCACACUUGUUACAUGAUGCUGAAAGUUCCUGAUAAUAAGGAAGCGCCAGCAGAUGUCGGAGCAAAUGUUUCUGGUUUGCUUUUAGUUGGAGCUAGAUGGGAUGAAGAGAGUUCUUGCAUCGAAGACGUCAAUGACCAAAUUGUUAAUCCAUUACCAGUUAUGCACUUGAAACCAGUGAAACAACUCCCUCCAGGAACAAUAUCAAUACCAAUUUACUCAGAAAGCAAUGGAGUGAAGCAACUUGUCGCAAAGAUUCCAAUACAAGCUGCAAAGACUGAAUCAUUCUGGGCUCAGCGUUGCUGCCACAUCAUAUUCGGACACAUAUAA